AUGGCUGAACAAUCACGUUGCGUUGUCCUUAAUCAAGUCAACAUAGCUAACUCGCGCGAUGGUAAACCAGAUGUCGACAUCAUUGCCGUUCACGGCCUGGACACAAAAUUACCCGAAACGUGGACAUGGCUAUCCAAGGACUUGAAUAGACCUGAUGUAAAUUGGCUAGGCGAUCCCAACAUGCUUCCAGGCAAGAUGAAAAGAGUUCGAAUCUUCACUUGCGACUGGCCGGCCGACUUAUUCCAAGACGCAGACUCAAUUCCGUGGACGGUCAAAGAGUUUGCUCGGCGCCUGCUUGCUGGUAUCCAGAAUAUGAGACUUAACUUGGCAACAGAUGAUCAGGAUAGAGAACGGCCAAUUAUCUUUAUCGCGUCAUGCCUCGGGGGCAUCAUGUUGAUGGAGGCUCUCACGAUGGCUGAUAAUCCACAGAGCGACUACAUCUUUAUUCGGAAGGCCACGCGUGACAUUAUCUUCCUCGCUACGCCAUUCAGGGGGACUGCAUUCCAAGAUAUAGCUACCUGGGUAGAUCGCGCUGGAACUUUUCAACCCGCACGACGCCGUCAAGAAACCGAUCGGUGA